GCACUCUUAACUAUAUUUUAUUAAUACCCUUCUGAAAUCCGGUCCGAACGGUCUCACUUACUCCUGAGUCCCGAGUCCUGACACUCAACUCACCCUACAUCCAACCCAACCCAACCCAACCCAAAGGGUUCUCUCUCUCUCUCCGUCUCUCGAGCUCCGAGAGAAGCAAAAUCUAAAAGCAUACAAGGACACACACAGACUGACAGACAAAGACGUUACUCUAGACCAGAAGCACGUUACAACUUCAAAAGCUCCGCCAAUACAAGAGCAAAGUGAAGCCAAGUUGAAGAUAAAAACACUUUGUUUUGCUCAGCUCUGAGAGAAGGGCGAUUUUCAGCAAUGGCUAGAGGAUUUCAGCUUACUUUUGCCAUUUCUUUGUUGUUUCUGCUUCUGGGUUUUUGCCGAGGAAGUACGGUUGGAGUUUGCUAUGGAAGAAAUGCUGAUGACCUCCCAACACCUGAUAAAGUAGCACAGCUGGUUCAACAACAUAACAUCAAAUAUCUAAGGAUCUAUGAUUCUAAUAUCCAGGUCCUCAAAGCUUUUGCAAAUACUGGAGUUGAACUCAUGAUUGGGGUCCCAAAUUCAGAUUUAUUGCCAUUUUCACAGUUCCAAUCCAAUGCAGAAACCUGGCUGAAGAACAGCAUCCUUCCAUACUAUCCAGCCACUAAGAUCACAUACAUAACUGUUGGUGCUGAAGUCACAGAAAUCCCCGGUAAUACCUCUAAACUAGUUGUGCCUGCAAUGCAAAAUGUCCUCGCGGCAUUAAAAAAAGCUGGUCUGCAGAAAAGGAUUAAAGUUUCAACUACCCAUUCCCUUGGGGUUUUGUCCCGAUCAUUCCCACCUUCUGCAGGGGCCUUUAAUAGCAGCUUUGCAUUUUUCCUGAAACCCAUGCUGGAAUUCCUUGCCGAGAACCAGUCACCUUUUAUGAUAGAUAUAUAUCCAUACUAUGCAUAUAGAGAUUCUUCCACCAAUGUGUCUCUAGAUUAUGCUCUAUUUCAGUCAUCCUCAGAAGUCAUAGAUCCGAACACUGGCUUGCUUUACACAAACAUGUUUGAUGCACAGAUUGAUGCUCUUUACUUUGCACUUAUGGCUCUGAAUUUCCGAACAAUCAAGGUUAUGGUAACUGAAACUGGCUGGCCCUCCAAAGGUUCACCAAAAGAGACGGCUGCAACUCCUGAUAAUGCACAGACUUAUAACACCAAUCUGAUCCGACAUGUCAUAAAUGACACAGGCACUCCUGCAAAGGCUGGACAGGAGCUAGAUGUGUAUAUUUUCUCAUUGUUCAAUGAGAACAGGAAACCUGGGUUGGAAUCUGAGAGAAAUUGGGGUUUGUUUUAUCCAGACCAGACAAGCGUCUAUAACCUGGAUUUAACUGGGAAAGGAGCAGUUGAUAUGACACCAGAUUCAAAUGUUACUAGUCUGAAUGGAACUACAUGGUGCAUAGCCUCCACCAAGGCUUCUGAAAAGGAUUUGCAGAGUGCAUUAGAUUGGGCAUGCGGCCCUGGGAAUGUGGACUGCUCUGCUAUUCAGCCUAGCCAGCCUUGUUUUGAACCAGAUACUCUACUCUCUCAUGCAUCUUUCGCAUUCAACAGUUACUACCAGCAGAAUGGGGCUUCCGAUAUUGCUUGUAGUUUUGGAGGGAAAGGGGUCAAAGUUGACAAAAAUCCAAGCUAUGACAAUUGCUUGUAUAUGACCGCGGGGGCAAACAAAACUGCAGCCAGCAGCAAUACAACAGCGAUAUCUUCUACUUCUUCCUCUGCACGUAAUGUGGCCUUUACAUGGACUACAAGUUUUUUACUUGUGACUUUUCUGUCAAUCCUCUUGAAUAUUGAAGGAUCUGUGAAGAGUUCGAUACUAAUAUGAGAGUGGUGCCUCUCUGAGUUGGAGGAGAAAUACUGAUCUGGACAAUUUUCCGUAGAAGUUUUGAUGGGAGAAAAUGUAACUACAGUGGAGGAAUUCGCCCUCUGGUUUUGUAUGAUAUUUGAUAGCUAUCACCGCUUCAUUCCAGUAGUUAAGAUUAAUUAUAUGUUUUUGCACAUAUCUUGCAGCUUUUGAUUGUUGCAUAUUGCUUGUAUUAAAGGGACUGCAAUUUCGAGUAUGCUGUUUCAGAUUUAACAAUA